AUGCCGUGUUUGGAUGAAAACGGCCUGAUGCGAAUGAGAACGAGAAUAGGAGCCUGCCAGUUUGCCACGAACGAUGCUAAAAAACCCAUCAUCUUACCUCGAAAACACCACAUCACUGCUUUAAUUGUGUCACACUACCAUGAGAAAUAUCACCACCACUAUCACGAAACUGUGAUCAAUGAAAUACGCCAAAAGUUUCAAAUCAGUCGUUUACGCACCUGCUAUUUUCAAGCUCGCCGAAACUGUCAAAGAUGCAAGAAUGACCAAACGUCACCGAAGCCACCCAUAAUGGCAGAUCUGCCUCCCGGUCGCCUUGCUGCCUUUUCACGCCCCUUUACGCAUGUGGGAAUUGAUUACUUCGGCCCAAUCGAAGUUGUCGUUGGCCGAAGAGUUGAAAAACGCUGGGGAAUGCUCGCCACAUGCCUCACCGUUCGGGCGAUUCACAUUGAAAUUGUUCACUCAUUAACCACCAGCUCGUGCAUUAUGGCAAUUCAGAAUUUCAUCGCUCGGCGUGGUCAGCCUAGAAACAUUUACAGUGACCGGGGAACGAAUUUUGUCGGUGCACAACGCGAGCUACAACAGCUUAACGAAUCCAUCGACCACGAUUUGAUAAUGCGCGAAUUUACGAACACCGAGACCGAAUGGGUGUUCAACCCUCCGCAAGCUCCACACAUGGGCGGAAGCUGGGAACGGUUGAUACGAACCGUAAAGGUAAACAUGAUGACCGUCAUUGCAACCAAGAGACCAAGAGAAAUCGAGAAUACCGUGAACUCGAGACCACUAACGCAUGUUCCAGUAGACGAUGAUUCCGGCCCGGCUCUUACACCUAACCACUUUCUGCUGGGGUCGUCGAACGGUGUAAAGCCCCUAGUGACUCUGGACAGCAGCGGACGUGUACUGAAGCAGAAUUGGUGCUGCUCACAAAUCAUCGCGAACCAGUUUUGGAAACGAUGGGUCAACGAUUAUUUGCCAGAGAUUACCCGUCGCUCAAAAUGGUUUCAUCCCGUGAAACCCAUCGUCGCUGGAGAUGUAGUGGUUAUCGUGGAUCCCAAGCUUCCACGAAACUGCUGGCCGAAGGGAAAAAUAAUCAGCGCAACUCCUAGCCGAGAUGGCCAAGUCCGAGUUGCAACCGUACGUACCGCUAAUGGAGUGUAUCAGCGACCCGUCACACAAUUGGCAGUUCUGGACGUUCAGCGCGUCGAAUAG